AGGUUUUUGUCUGCCUGCGCACGGAAUCUUCCAAUUGCGGAAAAGGUUGAAGCGUCAAGGUAAAAGCCUGGAGACUCGUAAUAAUCACUCUCUGCAAGUCUCUGUCGGUGCCGAAAAUCAUGGCAGUAACCGCUUCAGAAGGGCAUUGCCACUCCUCUUCGUCUCUCACUCUUCUUCCUCUUAUUAUUACUCCUUCCUUCCUCUUGAGGGAGAAGAGCUUCAAGACCUCUCUCUUACCCAACAAAAGGUAAAAAGAGAAGGUUGGAUUAUUGUUUUCUGGGGUCAUGGGGUCCGAGGAUAAGAAGAAGGAGAAUGUUGUUACAGGGCAAUGUGAGGAGGAAGAAUGGGAGAUGGUUUCUCCGCCUUUGGAGAUGCCUCUACGAUGGCGUUCGGAUCAGAACGAUGAGCCUAGUGAGCCGUUGAAGGUUCAGUUUCCUGGACCUGCGAAGCACUGGACUGAUGCUAUGCCUAUUGGUAAUGGCCGCCUUGGAGCCAUGGUAUGGGGAGGUGUUCAAUCAGAGACUCUGCAACUUAAUGAAGACACUCUUUGGACUGGGGUUCCUGGUGAUUAUACUGAUUCACAGGCGCCCAAUGUUCUUUCCCAGGUCCGGGAGCUUGUUGACAAGGGUCAAUAUCCUGAAGCAACGAAGGCAGCCUUUGGAUUGGCUGAUCAUCCGUCAGAUGUAUAUCAACUUUUGGGCGACAUUAAGUUAGAGUUUGGUGAUGCGCAUUCUGCUUAUGCUACAGAAACUUAUGAAAGAGAGCUUGAUUUAAAUACAGCAGUGGUUAAAGUUAAGUAUGCUGUUGGAGAAGUAGAAUAUACCCGGGAACAUUUUGCAUCAAAUCCUCACCAGGUGAUUGUGACUAGAAUAUCUGCAAGUAAAUUGGGUUCCCUCUCCUUCACUGUAUCGUUAGACAGCCGAAUGCAUCAUCACUCAAGUGUGAAUGGUAAGAACCAAAUAAUUUUGCAAGGAAGUUGUCCUGGUAAAAGAAAACCACCUAAAGAAUAUUCAAAUGAUGACGCAAAAGGAAUCCAGUUUUCUGCAAUUAUUGAUGUGAGAAUAAGCGAGGAAGCUGGGGUUAUACAGUUAUUGGACAACAAAAAGUUGAAUAUUGUUGGAGCAAAUUGGGCCAUUUUGCUUUUGGCUGCUUCCUCCUCAUUCAAUGGCCCAUUUACUAAGCCUUCAGAUUCUACAAAGGAUCCUACUUCGAUUUCUCUUGCUACUCUUAGUUCUAUAAAAGAUACCCCAUAUUCUCAGUUCUAUAUGCAUCACAUAGAUGAUUAUCAGAAACUAUUCCACCGUGUUUCUCUUCAGAUUUCAAGAAGUUCCAAGAACUCCAAUCAUACCCACAUUAAGAAAUAUGAGGCUAUAAACAAUUUUGUGAAUAACUUUCCGCUUUACAACAGAAAGAACCUGCCCUAUAAAUGGGAGCACAAAAAGGGGGACAAUGAUGGUGUUGUCGUUUCAACAGCAGACAGAAUUAAAUCUUUCAAGACAGAGGAGGAUCCUUCUUUGGUGGCACUUCUAUUCCAAUAUGGCCGAUACUUGCUAAUCUCUUGUUCACGUUUUGGAACGCAAGUUGCAAACCUACAGGGCAUAUGGAACAAGGAUAUUGAGCCGCCAUGGGAUGGUGCUCAGCAUCUAAACAUCAAUCUACAAAUGAAUUAUUGGCCAUCACUUCCUUGCAAUCUAAGUGAAUGCCAAGAACCAUUGUUCGACUACAUCUCCUCUCUUGCAAUCAAUGGAAGUAAAACAUCGCGAGUUAACUAUGAAGCCAGUGGUUGGGUUGCACAUCAGGUCUCAGAUAUUUGGGCAAAAACAUCACCAGAUCGCGGUGAUCCAGUGUGGGCAUUGUGGCAAAUGGGUGGAGCGUGGCUUGCUACACAUCUUUGGGAGCAUUACGCUUUUACAAUGGACAAGGAGUUUCUAGAGAAUAAAGCAUAUCCACUUUUGAAGGGAUGUGCAUCUUUUCUGUUGGACUGGUUACUAGAUACUCCUAGCGGAUAUUUAGAAACGAACCCAUCAACAUCUCCUGAGCAUGCUUUUAUUGCUCCUGAUGGUAGGACAGCAAGUGUGAGCUAUUCAACAACAAUGGAUAUGGCCAUUAUAAGAGAAGUUUUCAAGUCAAUAAUAUCUGCAGCUAAGGUUUUGGGAAAAGGUGAGGAUGAUCUCAUUGAAAAAGUUAGGGUAACAGAAUCAAAGCUUCCCCCAUAUAAAAUAGCCAGAGAUGGUUCUGUAAUGGAAUGGGCACAAGACUUCGAGGAUCCAGAUGUGCACCAUCGGCACUUGUCGCACUUAUUUGGUCUUUUUCCAGGCCAUACAAUAUCCCUGGAGAGAAAUCCAGAUGUGUGUAAAGCUGCUGCUUACAGCCUCUAUAAAAGAGGGGAAGAAGGACCAGGGUGGUCGACUACAUGGAAGAUGGCUCUGCGAGCACGUCUUCACGACAGUGAACAUGCAUAUCGACUGGUAAAGGUCUUGAUAAACUUGGUUGACCCUGACCAUGAAGGGGACUUUGAAGGCGGCCUUUAUAGUAACUUGUUUACUGCACACCCUCCCUUCCAGAUUGAUGCUAAUUUUGGAUUUAGUGCUGCAAUUGCAGAAAUGUUAGUCCAAAGCACAGAAAAAGGAGACCUAAUUCUGUUGCCCGCUCUUCCUCGAGACAAAUGGCCUCAUGGUUGCUUUAGUGGGCUCAAGGCUCGAGGUGGUGUCACUGUUGGAAUCUGUUGGAGAGAGGGGGAGCUUCAUGAAGCCGGGAUUUGGGCAUCUGAUUGUAAACAAAAUGCUCUUACAAGAUUGCAUUACAACGGAAGAAUUGUUCCCAUGAGCUUGGACUCAGGCUACAUGUACACAUUCAACUGUGACCUUAAAUGCGUGAAGAUACUUGCUCUGUGAUAAGAAGCUUCGCAAUGGCGAUUGGUGGAAAAUAAGUGAAUUGCUACCGGCUUAGAAAUACUUUGGAGUGGCUGAUGUCAAGGUAGAGGUAAGAACCUUUUGAGGUCCACCUCUCCUAGUACAUUUCAAUUUGCAGUCUUAGACAUGUGUGAAACCCCUUGUUUUUGAAUUGAAACCCAGCUAUUUUAGUAGUUAUGACACUGUUCAUGACAACGAUCAGUUGUCAUAGAAACUUUUUGAUGUAUGCUUGAUCUUUGCUCCAUCUUUUGUUUUUCUGGUAGUCCCUGUCAAUUUAUCUGGCAUCAUUUGAUAGCAAUACUUUUUGUUACAUUCAUCAAUUUUGCAAGCUUGAUGGGGGGCUUUGAGGUUUGCUUUA